AUGCGAGAACAGCGGCUGCUGCUAUCGCCACAUAUUAUGCUUCCUAUUAUUAAAAUUUUCAUUAUUUCUAUUUCUUUGCUGCUCCAAUAUGCGAUCGCAGAACAUCCACCUGUGAUGAAAUCCGACAAGGAAAUCGAGUACAACUACGCGCAGCCGGACAGCGGCAAAACCCAUCCGAAUGAAAAAUUGGAGAAUAAUGUGAGCCAAUUGUUGGAUAAAUUGGUGGCCAGCCACGAUCGGCGAAUUCGACCGAAUUAUGGAGGGCCACCGAUAGAGGUGAACAUCACUGCGCACAUCACAACAAUUAGUGCAAUUACGGAAGUUUCCAUGGACUACACCCUUGAUUUGUAUCUGAGGCAAAUCUGGAAAGAUCCUCGGCUGGCGUGGGAGAGCGACGUUCAAUCGUCGUUGACCAUAGGAAUCGACAUGGUGAAAGCGAUUUGGACACCGGACACAUUUUUUCCGAACGAAAAGAAGUCAUUUUUUCACGAGGCCACAUCGCAUAACUCAUUUCUACGAAUCGACAGCCAUGGGAAUGUGCUGCGGAGUAUACGAUUGACAGUAACCGCAAAUUGUCCGAUGAAUUUGCAUACGUUUCCACUGGAUAUGCAGGAAUGUGCGCUGGAGAUAGAGAGCUAUGGAUACUCGACGAGAGACAUCAUUUAUCAUUGGCAUGGACAAAAUGCCGUCACCAUCGACGAGAACGUUCACCUCGCACACUUUUCCAUUGGGGACCAUUAUCAUAUCGAGAGGGUGAUAUCGUUGAGCACUGGUAACUACUCCCGGCUUUCCGCCUAUUUCACGUUCAAGCGUAAUAUUGGCUUCUAUCUGAUUCAAAUCUACUUCCCAUCAUCUCUCAUCGUUGUGAUUUCGUGGGUUUCGUUCUGGUUGAACAGAGAAGCUGUACAGGCUCGAGUUGCCAUUGGUGUCACAACUGUUUUGACAAUGACAACGUUGAUGACGAGUACGAAUGCUAGUUUACCCAAGGUCAGCUACGUCAAAAGUUUGGACAUCUUCCUGGGGAUGUGUUUCUUCAUCGUGUUCGCAUCUCUUCUGGAAUACGCCGCAAUUGGUUAUCUGAUGAAAAGAAAUCGUUCACUGCUGAAUGCGUCGCCGGUACAGUACUACGAGACCGGCGACGGAGUGCUGAAACGUGAGAAUAGUAGACGAAAACCGUCGAAGAGCAAUAAAAGAAACAGUAUUAGGAUUGAAGUAGAAGCUCAGAUGGAUCAACGUAUUCCGUUACUCUCAAUGGUCCCUAUGCCACCGAUCCCAUUCAAACCAAAACCACCGAUGUGGACGAGAGUACGCCCCUCACAAGUGGAUCUUUUCUCACGUGUCGCCUUCCCGUCGUUCUUUUUCCUCUUUCACAUUAUCUAUUGGGGCGCAUCGGUUAACGAUGACAUCGAAUCCACAAUCGACGAAGAAGAAGGAGAAGAAGAAGAAGCGAAACAAGAUACGGGAGGCACUUGA